UGCAAAAGAUGUCAAAAAACACCACAGAGAACUCAACUAACUCUCACUCAGCUGUUCUAGGUGUGCUCCUAGGAAGCAUUUCGCUGACCACCAUUGUCAUGAAUAUAUUAGUACUAUGUGCUGUGAAAACUGAAAAGAAGCUCCAAACAGUCGGCAAUUUAUACAUUGUCAGCCUCUCUAUUGCAGAUCUUAUAGUUGGUGCAGCUGUUAUGCCUCUGAAUAUUGUUUAUCUCCUAAAUUCUGUGUGGACUCUAGGCUUACCUGCCUGUUUGUUCUGGCUGUCAAUGGAUUAUGUGGCCAGUACUGCAUCCAUUUUAAAUCUUUUCAUAUUGUGCAUUGACCGUUAUCGUUCAGUUCAACAACCCCUGAAAUAUCUCAAGUAUAGAACAAAAAUGAGAGCAUCAAUAAUGAUUUUAGGGGUUUGGCUGCUGUCUUUCCUGUGGGUCAUUCCAAUCCUAGGAUGGCACGUGUUUGCUAAUAGUGGGAAAAGGAAAGUAAUGGCGAAUGUCACAUGUGAAACUGAAUUCUCUGACGUCACCUGGUUUAAAGUGUUAACAGCCAUCGUCAAUUUCUACCUGCCCUCCAUCAUGAUGUUAUGGUUCUACUAUAAAAUAUUCAGAGCUGUUCGAAAGCACUGUCAACACCGAGAGCUCACCAAUGGAUCCUAUCAGUCCUUCUCAGAAAAAAACUCUGUACAUCACAGUAAGAUGAAGGAUGAGCAAAAUAUUUGCACCCAAAAGCAAAACUUAGAUGAGAAGGCCCCUCCCAAAAAUGUGGAGGCAGAGCUUCAUUUCAGUGUUUCUGACAAGUCUUCAAAGGGUCUCGCUAGCAAGAGUAAUAGGAAAGUCCUUAAAUGGAGCUGUUUUCCUGUUACCACUGCCCCAGCUGAGCCAGGCCUGGAUAAAGCAGGAAAGAAGUGUGUAUCUGUAACAAAAGAGAAUGAAGAUGAAGAGGAGCAGUGCUCACAAGACAGUGACUUAAGUGAUGGGUCAGACAACCAUACUUUCACAGAGGUACCUUGUGGAGAGCCCUCCAAUUCUAACCCUGAAGGGUCCUGCAGUGCUCGGGAAAAGCCUGAGGGCAGCAAUUCCAGAGGACUGGCCUACCUGAGGAAAACCUGGCAAAGUUUGCAUACUCAUCCCAAAAGGCGUGUUCAAGGACUGCAUGGGAACAGGGAGAGGAAAGCAGCUAAGCAGUUAGGGGUCAUAAUGGCAGCAUUUAUGCUGUGCUGGAUUCCCUAUUUCGUGUUAUUUAUGGUAAUAGCUUUACACGGCCAUAAACAAUUUUCACAGUUACACAUGUUCACUAUAUGGCUUGGCUAUGUGAACUCCACCUUGAAUCCAUUCCUGUAUCCUCUCUGUAACCAGAAUUUCAAGAAGACAUUCAAAAAGAUCCUUCACAUUCACUGA